CAGUCAGUCUCCCUCCAGCAGUGAUAUAGGGAACACGUACAAUUUUCACAGCUCACGCACACACGCACACACACACACACACACACACACACACACACACACACACACAGUUGCAAUGUGUAGAUCUGCGUGUGCGUGUGUUUGUGUGUGUCUCACCAAUAUGGAUUUGAAGGCAAUUAUCAACAAAAACACGCAAGAGAUAGAACGUUUAGUCCAGUCCGACCUUGAUCUUGGGCAACCCAUACGUGGCACCACCGCCUUGUCCCUCGCAGUGUACAGGGGUGACCUUCAGGCUGUCACGUGUUUGUUGCAAGCAGGGGCGCCCGUUAACAGAAGGAGUAAGGACCAUCUAGACAGACUGGAAACCCCACUCAUCUCUUCCAUUAGGCUGGGGCACUGGGACAUCUUUGAGACACUAGUGAGAAAUGGCGCAGCGCUUCAUCUUCGGGACUUCUACAACCAGACGCCAUUGUGGUUCGCAGUGAAGGAACAGCGGUUUACCUUCGUGAAACACCUGUUGGCCUCAGGGGCGCCUAUAAUGUACACUAAAGCUGCUGAAAACCCCUUGAACCUAGCCAUGCAAUACUUGAGCUACAGGGGCCGCAGGGAGUUGGUACUGGAAUUAAUAGCAGCGGGUGUACCAGUUAACCAAGAGGAUUUUAGAGGUCACAGUCCUCUUUACUGGGCGUACACCCACUGUGACCUCCCAGUGUUCAGACUUCUACUGCAAGCUGGGGCCACACUGAGACCUCAUGAGUGGCUAGCGGACUUAAACUCAAAUUCAGCCAAUGAGAGUGCUGGGACGGACUGGCGGUUUGACGAGGCGGUUUCUGAUUGGUUAAGAGACGAGAUAGCCACGCCCCCUUCACUCCUCCGCCAAUCACGGUGCUUCCUUCGCGGUUACUUGAUGAAAAUGCACUGUACUGAUGUUAGGCCGCUCUUAAAAGCCCUGACGCUCCCCCCUGCCUCCCCCUCCCACACCCCCUGCUGGAUUAUCUUUUUCUACGUCCUCACAUCGCCCACGCCGCGGAAACUCCCCCAAAAGUGAUUGAGAGUAGGCAACCCCCACCCAUCCCCUUGUGAGAGAGAGAGAGAGUGAACCAGUGAACCAGUGGGCCGUGUUGGUGGUUCGAAUCUCUGGGCUUCGAGUCGUUUAAGCGUCCGAAACCUUUGCUACCUCAGUAAUGCGGAGACGGAAAGAGUGAAAAUAAGUGAAAUAAAAAGGAAAAUGGGGUAAUUAAUGAUACGAAGAAGACGAAAAUGGAAAAUAAGUCAAAUAAAGGAAAUUGAGAUAGCUGGUAAUAAUAAUAAGACGAGAAAAAUUAAAAUAAAUGAGAUGAAAAAGCAAAUGGGGUGAUUAGUGAUGCGAAGACGACGAAAAUGGAAAAUAAAUCAAAUAAAGAAGGAAAUACUAGGAAGAAAUGAUGAUGAUGAUAAUAAUAAAUAAAUAAUGAAAGGAAGGAAGGAAGGAAACAGAAAAAAACAAGGAAAAUAAUGAAGAAAAAAGAAUAAUAAUGAAGGAAAUGAGAAUAACUGUAAUAAAUCAAAAUAAAUAAAGAAAUGGAAGAGAGAAAUGAAGAAAAUUAAUAAAAACGAAGAAAAACGAAGAAAAUAACGGAAAAAACUGAAUAAAUUGAAUGAAUGUUGAAUAAUUUAAUAAAAAAAAAUUAAAAAAAUAUUAAAAAAUUCAGAUUAUCUCAAAAAAUGAAGAGAAAAUAAAUAAAUAAAUAAAUAAAUAAAUAAAUACAAGGUUUUAAUACAUAGAAUACAAAAAAAUACAUAAAAAAUAAUAAUAAAACAACAAAAUACGUGUGUUUUAAUUGAGUUUGUUGUUGUGAUAUAUUUAAUAAUCUAUCUAUCUAUCUAUCUAUCUAUCUAUCUAUCUAUUUAUAUUUUCGUAACUAAGGAUGAGUCAACUUCUAGUCAUUUCUGUGUGUGUGUGUGUGUGUGUGUGUGUGUGUGUGUGUGUGUGUGUGUGUGUGUGUGUGUGUGUGUGUGUGUGUGUGUGUGUGUGUGUCAUAAUCAAAAUAU